CGUGACACAUUGAAAUCUUCACGAUCACAAACUCGCUCGUGGGAGAUGUUGCUCCUCCUCGGACGUGUCUAAUACCCAUCAUCCGACGUCGAAGCAACAACCAGGUGUCGAAAUGUUAUCGCCGCUGUUGCUGUUCGGCAUAGCCCUGUCCGUGAUGGGCGGCUACGUGCCGCCGGGGCCGCGGUUCAGAUGUCCCAAAGACGCGAUCUACAUUUACCCCUGCACUUGCCUACGGGGUAGCGACCGGGGCUUGUACGUCCGCUGCGAGAACACGAAUCUGGCCAGUCUGAGUCUUGCCUUCGUGAAUCUGGGGAACGAGGGCAUGCCGAUCGAGGAACUGGUUCUGUACAAGUGUAAUAUAGUGCGAUUCUAUGGACCCGCCCUGUACCCUUUGGACGUACGGGUGCUCCAGUUUAUCGACACGCCGCUGCGGCUGAUUGAGGAGCACAGUUUCCUCGGCGUGAACAGAACCCUCCAGGAGCUGCACGUGAUAAACAGCAAUCUGGAGAAAUUCCCACGCGAGGCAUUACAGGUCCUCGGUAAUCUCAGCCUGUUGAGCAUCGCGGGUCAUCGGAUAUCUAUUUUGCCGAGCAAUAGCUUCGGUGAAAGCGCGGCGGCGGCUAAACUGGAAAAAUUGGAGAUCAGCAACGGUACGCUAUCCUCUUUGCCUGUGGAGGCACUGACGCCGCUGAAGAAACUGAAGACGCUUGAUCUUCACGGUAACAAGAUAAAAGACCUGAAGAGGAAUCAGUUCAAGGGUCUGAGAGACACCGAGUUUUUGGAUCUAUCUUACAAUUCGAUCGACAAGUUAGACCCGUCGCAUUUGGCGGACCUUACGAAGAUGGGAUGGUGCAACAUGUCUCACAACGCUAUCGUCGACCUGAAGAGAGGAACCUUCGCCCGAAACUCCGUCUUGAAGGUACUGAACUUGAGUCACAACAAGAUCAGGAAGUUAGACUCGAACACCUUCCGCGGCAUGCGCUUCCUCAGACGACUGUAUCUGAGCGACAAUCAGAUUAACGACGUGGGACGUGGAACCUUUGGCUCCGUCACCAGGAUCGGCACCAUCGAUCUCUCGCGGAACUUCAUAAAGAAAGUCGACUUCCAGAUGUUCAACCAGCUGCAAUUUGCCGAGCUUUUAGACGUCUCGGAGAAUUUCGUAACGAUCGUGGAGAAACUGGCCUUCAAAGAUCUCUACCUGGCGAAGGUGAAUCUGUCUCACAAUGAGAUCUCGAAGAUCGAGCCGGGCGCCUUCGAGAAUUGCGCGAACAUCACGUCGUUGGAUCUCAGCUACAACAAGCUCGAGAAUAUCUCCAAAUAUUCUUUCGAUAGCUCGACGUACGCCACCGAAUUGCAAUUGAGUUACAAUCUGUUCACGUCUCUGAAUCAGGUUCCACUACACAAUAUGACAGGUCUGAAGGUCCUGAACGUCUCCCACAAUCUGAUACAUUCUGUUCCACGGCAGACCUUCCCUAAGCUGUACGAGCUCCACACGAUCGACCUCUCGCACAACAACCUGUCCGAGAUUCAUAACGCCGUGUUCCAGACGCUCUUCAGUCUACGAUUCCUGAAUCUAUCGUACAAUUCCCUGGAGAAGAUCAAACCGUCGACUUUCGGGCCGCUGCCGACGCUUCUGGAGCUCGACAUGAGCUACAAUCAAUUGAACGACAUCGCACGCGGUAGUCUCACUCGACUGGCCAGCUGCAGGAGUCUAACCGUGAAGAACAACCGGCUGACGAAGAUAUUCCAGCUGCCGAUCUCGCUGGGCCAGCUGGAUUUUUCGGAGAACCUAUUGGAGGAGAUCCCGAGCACGGAUGUGUGGCCAACGAUGAACGCACUGCUCUCGUUGGACCUGUCGCGGAACCGACUAGCCGAUAAUCUGCAGGACGGUAGCUUCGAAAACCUCUUGACCUUGAGAAAUUUAGACCUGCGAGCGAACAACAUCACGAGACCGCCCUGGCAAGCGUUGGGUAGUCUCAGCAGUCUGCAGUACCUUUAUCUGCAAGACAACCACUUGACGAAACUGGAGAAAGCCGCGUUCGGUCGCUUGCCGAUAGUGUUCGAGCUGAAUCUGGCGAACAACAAGAUAAACAACGUGACCAGCCGCGCGUUCGAGGGCCUGUUGCAGCUGCUGACGUUGAAUCUGACGAACAACAACAUCAGCCACAUACCGAACGGAGCGUUUCAAGGCCUGGUGUCGCUGCGAACUCUCGACUUGUCGCACAAUAAAUUGGAGAAACUGGACAACAAGACGCACGGUCUGCUCGACGACUGUCUGUCCUUGGAGAGAUUGAAUCUUAGCCACAACAAAGUCUCCUUCAUCACACGAAAGACCCUGCCAAACGAUCCCUGGAUCCCCUACAGGCUGAAGGAUGUCGACUUAUCCUACAACACAAUGCCGGUAGUAACCUUCGACCUCAUUGCAGGCGCCAAGAAGAUUCAGUGCUUGAAUCUCAGUCACAACAACAUCAAUGAGAUCAGAAGAUAUGUAAUCGGGAAUUUAACGGCUUUGCAGACGCUGGAUUUGUCGUAUAAUGAUAUAAGCGACAUCUCUGAUCGAGACGUCUUUUUGCCGCCGUUAAAUUUAACCAACCUGCACCUGAGUAACAAUCGCCUGAGUCACAUGCCCCUCGACAAGAUCCUACCGCUACCGAAUCUCAAGGUCCUCGAUCUAGAGGAGAAUGAGAUCGGAGUGUUCGACGAGAAGUACAUGAGGAUCAUUCAGAACGGCACGGUGCUCAGAUACCUCGGAAACCCGAUGCACUGCGAUUGCCACGCGCGGCCAUUAAAGAGGUGGCUGAAUGCCCAAACGCAGCUCCCGACGGAGUGGCUGAACGUGACGUGCAACAGCCCGAAUUAUCUCGCGGACAAACCCAUCGCAGGGAUUACGGAGGAUCUCAUGAACUGCGGGGAGAGAGAUAUCCAAGAGGAGCCUGAACUCGAUAUCACACCGGACGUGAAAUAUCGGAACAUCGAAUACAACACGGAGGACAAAAGUUGGAGGGCGACGUGGUACGUGACGUCGCGCGAAGACAUCGGCGACUUCUACGUGGUGGUCCGAGAAUUCGGCAGCAGCAAGUCCACGUUGGAGAAAGACGUGGUCUACAGCGAGAGGUCCUUCAAGAUCCACGAUCUGAAGGAGUCAAGCGUGAAAUACGAACUGUGCGUGUUGGCGCGCGAUUCCGAGGGUAACGUCAAGCACUUCAGGAACUCGCAGUGCCAGAUCCUGAAUUACAGCUCCGGCUCGCCCUUCAGCCCCAGGGCGAGCCUGUACUUCGUGAUAGCCGUCGCUUCCUUCUGCAUUCUCACAGCAUAAGACUUCGUUAGCUCGCCGGAAGUAACAUUCGCAGCGUAUCAGAAGGACAACCCGCAUCCGGACAGCGGGAUGCACAACACGACGAGGAGAAGUUUCCGCUAGCUAAUUAAUUUCGUUAA